UUCUUGGCUCGACUGUCUUAAUUUCUGAUUUGAGGUUUUUGUGUCAGAUCAGUAAUUAGGCUUUGUACGGUUUGACACCCCGAUUUUAGAACUCGGUGCAUUACAUUCUUGGCUUUGGGUGUGCCACUCUCGGAUGGCGAGGGUUUUCUCUUCUUCCUUGUGCUAGGGUUUCAGUUUUUCCAUGCGGUAGUGUUUAUUUUGCUCCUUCCAAGUCUGCUGUUUCGUUUCGUUAGGUAGCUUCGUUGAUGGGAGUGAUUGACAAGAAUGAUCCUGGCAGAGGUAGGGAACCUUUCUCACGACGGACAGUUCCAUCGCUUGACCUCAGCUUGAGCGCUCUCUUCUGUUCUCUUACCACCCUUGCCUUCCGCCUACCGGAGGUGGUCACGUAGGCAGCAUAGGCGUGCUGAAAGGGUUAUGCGCAUUUCAAGACAAUGGAUACCGAAAUUGAAGAGGUGAAGCAAGGGAUCAGGAAAGUAGAGCAAUAGAUCGAUGCUGUGGAAGCACAACUGACGAAGGCUGUCACAGAGGCCGAUGUCGCCUACUGGCGGAAAAGGGAGGAGCAACUGUGGAAAGAGAAGGAGCAACUGCGGAAAGAGAUGGAGCAACUGCGGGAAAAGAAACUGCUGCUACUCAAAGCUGAUAUUUCAGGCGAAAUCACUUGUCCUAACACUUAUUGCAUUAUCCACUUGAUUAUAUCCACUUCUUCCCUUUGGCUAGGGUUCCUAUUAGUAUCUCGUCCGGUUCAUAUUUUUGGGCGAGGGUUUAGUUCAUGGUUAUGGAAUUAGGGUUGGCAUAGGGGUAGCAGCAGUUCCUUAACCAAUAACUUGGUAGCUUAAUCAAUACCUUAAGCCCUGAAGUAUGCAUUCUUACAAGCUCCUGCUCCUGGUAUGUUUUUUUUCAGCAGAACAAUUAGGUUUUCUUGUGAUGGCUUGUUCGAUGCUUUAUUCCACGACUGAUAAGGUCUGUCGUUUUCAAGGUUUCUGAAUCUUGUGGAUCUUUUGAAUCUCAUUGGGUAAGAAAUGUUGUUCUUUGUCUUACUGAUUCGCUCUCCAGUGCUCUCUAGUUUUUGCUCAAUGCCAGCAGUUAUUGUCCCCCACCCCCUUGUCCUCUUCUUCUUCUGGUACUUCUUGGUCAUGUAGGUUAUGCAAGUAUACAGGGAAGUACACAUUCCAAUUUUAUUCGAUGUUUGUCAUUCAGAGACACUUGCAUGUAUUGGAUGGUCUGGCACCAUUGUUGAAUUGGCUGCGUUGCACUGUUCAUACUUUGCGCCUUAAGGUCUGAUUGUUUUUUCACAGGUGAGAAAGCCGUUGAUUUAUGCUUUUUGUAAACAAGUACGUUCCAAUUUUUUCCUCCAGGUUAACCUAUUAAGGGUUGUAGACGCGUCUGCAUGGCACCUAUUAAUUAGUUCUCUAACUUAUGGGUAACUGGUGAAGGUUUUCUUUAUGCAGCCACCCUCCCUCCCUCCCUCUGUUUGAACUCAUGGUACUUAACCUCAGCCGAUUAUUAACCAAUAAAGGGUUACUGCUGGCUGGUAUUUAACACACUCCCCCAACUCACCUGACUUCGGCCUUCUCUUGCUGCCACGUUACGUCUCGGUAGCUGUGCCUUAAUGCUGUUCCAGCUAUAUAUACCAAGCCACCACCCUUUCUUCUUCCCUGUGGUUACUGGACGCGUUGAGGUGGUCGGUGUGGAACUCUAUACCUUGGGGGUUUUCGUUUCUGGAGGGGACACUACUCUUUCACAAUGGCUACAUAGGCUACAAUGGCAUUUCCGGUUUCUCACCGACGCUACUUUCAGUGGAAGAGCUAUCUGAUUAAAGCAGACAACUUUAUUUGUCAUGACCCUGCACGAGGCGUCUGCUGGAAUUUGGAUGACCACCUUGGGAUUGUGUUAAGGCCUCCAGCUACAGGCUCUACAGAAAGUUCUUAUCAUGCUUAUUGGGAUUGUCUUGUUACUGAGCCAAUAUCCCUGUUCUCUUUGGAAACACUUGUCUUUGAUAGAGACACCUCAAGGUUUAGUUCAUUCGAGAACAAGCGCCCAGACAAACUUGGGAUGGUUUCCAUACUCGUACUUUGGCGUGGCGAGGAGAAGGGGCCAGAUACUGAAGGUGAUCCCAAACGAGAAUUGGUCAGGAAGCUGAUCUGGACGUAUGGAAACCUGCCCUAUCUCCUGUGUUAUUAUGCCAACGCAGCGAUCGUUACUUACUGUGCACUAGUGCAUGAUGCUAAGCGAUGUAAGACUGAGGUGGUGGAUUUGAUCACUGUCAAUCUAUCUGUUGUAGAGGACAGGUUGCUGGCAUCGUUGAUAGGCUUCAACAUCAGCAAGCUGCUAAUGCGCCUGUCUGAAGCUGGAAUCGUGCUGGGAGUUGAGUCUGACUUUUACGAUUAUCGCACUGACGGAAAAACUGUUUUCGUGGGGACUGGUGUUGACAAGAUCUACAGAGAUAAGCGUACCUUUGAGAAGGUGUACCAAAUAUAUGAGAGCAUCAAGGAUUGCCCCAAUGCAGAGCAGGUGCAGAAAAUUAAUGCAGCCGAUCGUAGAUUCCGAAUGAUACCCCGGUGUCUUGUGAAAAGACGGGCGAGACCUGAAGAUGAACUUUUGAAAGCAUUGAUCAAUGUUGCAGAAGCACUGGUCUGGUUGCAUGGAAAAAAUCUAAUGCAUCGAGAUAUAACUUGGCGGAAUGUUCUCAGAAACACUUCAGGUACCAACUGGGUUUUAAUUGAUUUUGAUGAGACUGCUGCUACUCCCUGUGGCCACGCUCACGGACUGUGUGUUGAAGCUCACGCCCCUGAGAUGAGCAGAGGUCGUCAUGACUCGAGUGUAGACAUAUGGGGCAUUGGGCAUUUGAUCAGGAGUAGCGGGAUAAAAGGUUUGUCAGCGGGUGUUCGAGAGUUGCAAAAGGAUUGCUUGCAGACUGACGCUUCCAGAAGACCAAAUGCAGAAACUUGCUUGGAGAGAUUAAAAUGUCUCCGUGGAAUGACGAACAUGAACUUACACAUGGACUUCGAAAGCUGUUGAACCUGAUGUGAGGGAUACUGUGAUUCUGGCAUUAAGUUGUUGAAGCAGAUAAGGAUGACAUAUCAUGUGGGAAUGAGAUCUUUUUGCAAGAAUCCUACGUAGAGCCGCAUCCGGCAUUGUUGGCUGAAGGCGCCUACAGUGCUCCAUCUUCUCAAGUUUUAUGUAACUUUUGAGAAAAUAGCUCCAGAGGAAUGAAGUCUGAAAACUCCGCAAUUCUGAUCAUUACCAAGGGAAUUGCUUCGUUAAAACAAACCUCUCGUGCUUCAGAUUGGAAAAGUAGGAUGUGCCCACGCACAACCGAAGAGGGUUUGUUUUUGACAUCUUUUUUGGCAGGUUUCCGACAUUUUAUUAUAGUUUUUGGGAAAUUCUCUGACAUAUGACUGUCGAAAUUUGGAAGGGUUCCGCAUGCUUCGGUUUUCGACAAUUUUUUCGACUUACUAGUGUCUAAAUCAAUGUCGAACUAAUUUUCCGACACUUCAAUGUCGAAAACUUCAUCUAUAAUUUGUCAAUGUUGGAAAAUCUGUCAAAA